AUGUCACUGUUUGGACGUGCCGCUCGACUUUCAACCAUAACUUCUGGUGCUAUCAGAAGGAGGACUACCACCACCACAAGUAAAACAACGCGACAAUGCAUUUUUUAUAAAAGGUAUCGUCAGCUAUCUACCAAAACAGCAAAAACAGCAGCAUCGUCGGAUUCUUGGAUCUUGGAAUUGCAAAGUCAUCUUGCUACUACGGAAGUGGAGUUUUCGGUCAACAAGUACGAAUUGGAACGUCAUGGUCGAGGGGAAUCCUAUCAUCCUACCGAAACUCCCGACGUGGUCGUUUGUCCUACUUCUGUUGACGAUGUAAUAACUAUUGUCCAGUUCUGUGCCAAACAUAAAAUACCCAUUGUUCCCUUUGGAGUGGGGACAUCCGUAGAAGGCCAUGUCUGCUGUUUGCAAGGAGGCAUCAGUUUGGACAUGAAGAAUUUUGUCAACAUGGAAAUUCCAAACAUGGAAGAUGAUUUGUUGCCGGAUCCCAUUGCGACGGUCGGUGCGGGAGUGACUCGCAAUACAUUGAACGAAGCUUUGCGGCAUACAGGGUUGCAAUUUGUGGUGGAUCCAGGAGCUGAUGCCACCCUGGGUGGAAUGGUGGCAACUGGUGCAUCUGGAACGACGGCAGUGCAAUUUGGGACCAUGCGCGAAAACAUAUUGGCAGUCCAAUGCGUCCUGGCGGAUGGGACUCUGGUGAAUACUGGUACCAAAGCAUUGAAGAAUUCGGCCGGAUACGACUUGUUGGGAUUGUUAUGUGGUUCCGAAGGCACACUUGGCGUGAUUACGGAAAUCACUGUCAAGCUGCAUCCCAUUCCGGAAAAUGUCAUGGCGGCCGUCUGUGUCUUUGAUUCGCUGCAAGACGCGGCCCAAACUGUCACCAUGCUCAAAUUGUGCAACAUUCCCCUCUUGAGGUGUGAAUUGCUGGAUGCCAUGAGCGUCAAGGCGUUCAAUCAGUAUCAAGAACAGCAACCAAAUAAUACAGCGACCAAACGAGAAGAAAAACCAACACUCUUUCUAGAAUUCCAAGCUCCUUCCAUGACAAGUUUGGAAGAACAAGUCCAAAUGACACAAUCCAUUUGCCAAGACUAUGGUGGUUCAGGAUUCGACUAUUGCUCCGACGAAGAGGAACGCAAGGCCCUGUGGGCGGCACGUCAUUCUCUGUACUAUGCUUCCGUGAAACUUCGACCGGGUGCCAAGGGUGCCAUUUUGACGGAUGCCUGCGUCCCGCUCUCCCAAUUUGCGUCUGUCAUUCAAGAAACGGCCCAAGAAAUCGAGGAAAAGGGUGUGGUGGCACCGACCUUUGGACAUGCGGGGGAUGGGAACUUUCAUACCAUUAUUCCCAUUGGAGAAGACGAUUCCGAAGAGUACAUUGAAACCUUGCACGAGAUUAGCAACAAUAUCGUGCUACGGAGUUUGGCUGCGGGAGGGACCUGUACGGGAGAACAUGGCGUGGGAUAUGGAAAGACCAAAUAUUUGGAACAGCAAUACGGGCCUGGAGCUGUGCACAUGAUGCGACUGGUCAAAAAGUCACUAGAUCCUCACAAUAUUAUGAAUCCAGGAAAGGUGAUACCGAAUUGA